GUCGAAUUUGAUCUGAACGCCGCUCGAGGGAGUGAGUGUGUUGGCGAUGAGCUUCAGAGCUAACCACUGUGGAUGGUACAAACCUAAAGCCCAAGUAGCUGCAGGAUGAAAACAUGGCUGCACCCCUUCUUGCACCGCCAGGACCCGACAGCUUCAAGAAGUUCACCAGGGAAUCUUUGGCGGCCCUCGAACAGCGCAUCAAUGAGGAGAAAAAGAAAAAGCCACCCAAGCAGGACAGCAGUUACCGUGACGAUGAUGAUGAGAACAAGCCGAAGCCCAACAGCGACCUGGAGGCUGGCAAGAGCCUGCCCUACAUCUAUGGGGACAUCCCACGAGGACUGGUGGCGGUACCAUUGGAGGAUCUAGACCCAUUCUACGUGAACUCUCAGAAAACAUUUAUAGUGCUAAAUAAAGGGAAGACAAUCUUCCGUUUUAGUGCCACACCUGCCUUGUACUUCAUAAGCCCUUUGAAUCCAAUUAGGCGAUUCGCUAUUAAAAUUUUGAUACAUUCCCUUUUCAGCAUGAUCAUUAUGUGUACAAUUUUGACCAACUGUAUAUUCAUGACCUUUAGCGAUCCUCCCGAGUGGUCCAAACAAGUAGAGUACACAUUCACAGGAAUUUAUACAUUUGAGUCUCUUGUAAAAAUCACGGCACGAGGAUUCUGUAUAGAUGGGUUUACAUUCCUUCGAGAUCCAUGGAACUGGCUGGACUUCAUGGUCAUUUCUAUGGCAUAUAUAACAGAGUUUGUGGACCUGGGCAAUGUAUCUGCGCUGAGAACGUUCAGAGUUCUCCGAGCACUCAAAACAAUCUCUGUCAUUCCAGGACUGAAGACCAUUGUGGGCGCCCUGAUCCAGUCUGUGAAGAAGCUCUCAGAUGUGAUGAUCCUGACGGUCUUCUGCCUCAGUGUGUUCGCCCUCAUCGGCCUGCAGCUCUUCAUGGGAAAUCUCCGGCAGAAGUGUGUGAUCUGGCCCAUCAACACUACCGAGACCUACCUGGCCAACGGCAGCAGGGGCUUCGACUGGGACGAGUACAUCAUGAACGAGACCAACUUCUACUUCCUGCCUGGUCAGUUAGAUGCCCUUCUGUGUGGAAACAGCUCGGACUCUGGCCGCUGCCCAGAGGGAUUCAUGUGCAUGAAAGCUGGGAGGAAUCCAAACUAUGGCUACACCAGUUUUGACAGCUUCGGCUGGGCUUUCCUCGCUCUCUUCAGGCUCAUGACACAGGACUUCUGGGAAAAUCUCUACAUGCUGACCCUAAGAGCUGCUGGGAAAACAUACAUGAUCUUCUUCGUGCUGGUCAUCUUUGUGGGCUCCUUCUAUUUGGUCAAUCUCAUCCUGGCUGUGGUAGCUAUGGCCUAUGAGGAACAGAACCAGGCUACGAUGGAGGAAGCCCAGCAAAAGGAAGAGGAAUUUAAAGCUAUGCUGGAGCAGCUCAAAAAACAACAGGAAGAAGCCCAAACUGCUGCUAUGGCAACCUCUGCAGGUACAGUUUCAGAGGAUGCAGUAGAAGACGAUGGAGGGGGGCAUCUAUCGUGUAGUUCUUCAGAGAUGUCAAAACUUAGCUCCAAGAGUGCCAAAGAGCGCCGCAAUCGCAAGAAGAAGUGGCGUCAGAAAGAGCAGGAGAAAGAGAAAGGCGACAGUGAGAAGUUUGUCAAAUCCGAGUCAGACGACGGCAGCAAAAGGAGUCGCUUCCGGUUUCCCGAUAACCGCCUUGGUCGAAAGUCUUCCAUAAUGAACCAAUCACUCCUCAGCAUACCAGGCUCACCUUUCCUAUCACGACACAACAGUAAGAGCAGCAUCUUUAGCUUCAAGGGCCGCAGUAAGGACGUGGGCUCGGAGAAUGAGUUUGCUGAUGAUGAGCACAGCACAGUGGAGGAGUGUGAGGAGAGGAGGGGGUCCCUGUUCAGCCCAUACAGACGGAACAGCUACACCGGCUUUCACGGCAAGAGGAACAGCACGGUCGACUGCAACGGCGUGGUGUCUCUCAUUGGCCCUGGGCCCGGUGGACGCCUUCUGCCUGAGGUGAAAAUAGAUAAGGCAGAUUCUGAUGACAGUCCCACUACUGAGGUUGAGGUGAAGAAGAAGCUGUCGGGCUCCCUGAUGGUGUCUGUGGACCAGCUCAAUACCUCCUUUGGGCGGAAAGAGCGGGCCAACAGUGUCAUGAGCGUCAUUACCAACACACUAGUGGAGGAACUGGAGGAGUCUCAGCGCAAGUGUCCCCCUUGCUGGUAUAAGUUUGCUAACACUUUCCUGAUCUGGGAGUGCUCCCCUAUGUGGAUCAAGAUCAAGGAGAUUGUGAACCUUAUAGUGAUGGACCCCUUUGUGGAUUUAGCCAUUACUAUUUGUAUUGUUCUCAACACCCUCUUCAUGGCAAUGGAGCACUACCCGAUGACCCCUGACUUUGAACAUAUGCUGUCUGUGGGCAAUUUGGUGUUCACUGGGAUCUUUGCCGGGGAGAUGCUCUUUAAGCUUGUGGCCAUGGAUCCGUAUUAUUACUUCCAGGAGGCAUGGAACUGCUUUGAUGGUUUCAUUGUGACGCUGAGUUUAGUAGAGCUGGCUCUGGCAGAUGUCGAGGGUCUCUCAGUGCUGCGGUCAUUCCGUUUGCUGAGAGUAUUUAAGCUGGCUAAGUCAUGGCCCACCCUAAACAUGCUGAUCAAAAUUAUUGGUAACUCAGUGGGAGCCUUAGGAAACCUGACCUUGGUGCUGGCCAUUAUCGUCUUUAUCUUUGCUGUGGUGGGAAUGCAGCUGUUUGGCAAGAGCUACAAAGACUGUGUGUGUAAGAUCGCUAAGGACUGCGAGCUGCCCCGCUGGCACAUGAACGACUUCUUCCAUUCAUUUCUGAUUGUCUUCCGGGUGUUGUGUGGAGAGUGGAUUGAGACCAUGUGGGACUGCAUGGAGGUCGCAGGCCAGGCUAUGUGCCUCAUUGUCUUUAUGAUGGUCAUGGUCAUCGGUAAUUUAGUGGUGUUGAACCUGUUUCUUGCCUUGCUGCUGAGCUCAUUCAGUGCUGACAACUUAGCCGCCACAGAUGAUGAUGGGGAACCAAACAACUUGCAGAUUUCUGUUAUGCGUAUCAAGAAGGGAAUUGCCUGGUUUAAAGCAAAGAUGCGAAUUGUGAUGGCCAGUUUAUUAAGAAAACCACUUAUGGAGGAUGAGCAAAAACCACUGGAAGAUAUGUAUGGAAACAAAGUGAAUUGCAUUGCUAAUCACACUGGAGUAGACAUCAACCGUGACCUGGAUUACACCAAGAAUGGAAACGGGACUACCAGUGGCAUUGGCAGCAGCGUGGGCAAGUAUGUGCUGGACGAUGCCCACAUGUCAUUCAUCCACAACCCAAACCUGACCGUCUGUGUGCCCAUCGCUGUGGGAGAAUCGGACUUUGAGAAUCUCAAUACAGAGGACUUCAGCAGUGAGUCAGACAUCGAAAACAGUAAAGAGCUUGAUGACACCAGUUCAUCAGAGGGCAGCACCAUAGACAUAAAGCCAGAUGUGGAAGAAGUAGUUGUUGUGGAGACAGUAGAGGAGUACAUGGAACCUGAGCCGUGUUGGACAGAUGCAUGUGUGGCCAAAUACAAGUGCUGCGAUGUGGACAUCACAAUGGGCUGGGGGAAGAGCUGGUGGUUCCUGAGAAAGACAUGUUACCUGAUCGUCGAGCACAACUGGUUUGAGACGCUCAUCAUCUUCAUGAUCCUUCUCAGUAGUGGUGCCCUGGCCUUUGAGGAUGUAUACAUUGAACAGAGGAAGACCAUUCGAACUAUUUUGGAGUACGCUGACAAGGUGUUCACCUACAUCUUCAUCCUGGAGAUGUUACUCAAAUGGGUGGCUUAUGGGUUUGUGAAGUACUUCACCAAUGCCUGGUGUUGGCUGGACUUCUUCAUUGUCGAUGUGUCUAUAGUCAGCCUUGUAGCUAAUGCGCUGGGCUACUCCGAUCUAGGGCCCAUUAAAUCACUCAGGACACUAAGGGCCUUGAGACCCCUCAGAGCCUUGUCACGUUUUGAAGGGAUGAGGGUGGUAGUCAACGCCUUGGUGGGUGCCAUCCCUUCCAUUAUGAAUGUGUUGCUGGUUUGCCUCAUCUUUUGGCUGAUUUUUAGUAUCAUGGGGGUCAAUCUGUUUGCGGGCAAGUACUACUUCUGUUUCAAUGAAACAUCAGAGGAGUACUUCCCUGUUGAUAUCGUCAACAACAAAACACAGUGUGAGGAGUUUAUGAGAAAUAAUUUUACGGAGGUCCGGUGGAAGAAUGUCAAGAUCAACUUUGACAAUGUGGGAGCCGGAUAUCUGGCCCUUCUACAAGUGGCAACCUUUAAGGGUUGGAUGGACAUCAUGUAUGCAGCUGUUGAUUCGAGAGAUGUGGAACAGCAGCCGGACUAUGAAGUCAACAUUUACAUGUACAUCUAUUUUGUAAUUUUCAUCAUUUUUGGCUCCUUCUUCACUCUCAACCUGUUCAUCGGUGUGAUCAUUGACAAUUUCAACCAACAGAAGAAAAAGUUUGGAGGUCAGGAUAUCUUCAUGACAGAGGAACAGAAAAAAUAUUAUAAUGCCAUGAAAAAACUAGGUUCUAAAAAGCCUCAAAAACCUAUUCCGCGGCCACAGAACAAGAUCCAGGGGAUGGUGUUUGAUUUUGUGACACAGCAGGUCUUCGACAUCUCGAUCAUGAUCCUCAUUUGCCUCAACAUGGUGACCAUGAUGGUGGAAACAGACGAUCAGUCCGAUGAAACAGAGAUGGUCCUGUACUGGGUUAACUUCAUCUUCAUUGUAGUCUUCACAAUGGAGUUCCUGCUCAAACUCUUUGCUCUUCGCCAUUACUAUUUCACUAAUGGCUGGAAUAUUUUUGAUGUGGUGGUUGUCAUCCUGUCUAUUGUUGGUAUGUUCCUGGCCGACCUGAUUGAGAAGUACUUUGUGUCUCCGACCCUGUUCAGGGUGAUCCGUUUGGCUCGUAUCGGCCGUAUUCUUCGUCUCAUCAAAGGAGCCAAAGGCAUCCGGACUCUACUCUUCGCUUUGAUGAUGUCACUGCCAGCUCUGUUCAACAUUGGUCUGCUGCUCUUCCUGGUCAUGUUCAUCUUCUCCAUCUUUGGCAUGUCUAACUUUGGCUAUGUGAAGCAUGGAGCAGGAAUAGAUGACUUGUACAACUUUGAAACAUUUGGCAACAGUAUGAUCAUCUUGUUCAUGAUUACCACAUCUGCUGGUUGGGAUGGUUUGUUAUUACCCAUCCUUAAUUACCCGCCCGACUGUGACCCUAACCUGGAGAAUCCUGGUACUUCUGUUAAAGGUGACUGUGGAAAUCCAUCUGUGGGAAUCUUCUUUUUCGUCAUGUACAUUAUAAUUUCUUUCCUUAUUGUCGUUAACAUGUACAUUGCCAUCAUUCUGGAGAACUUCAGCGUGGCGACGGAGGAAAGUGCAGAUCCCCUCAGUGAGGAUGACUUUGAGACAUUUUAUGAGAUUUGGGAGAAAUUUGAUCCAACUGCCUCUCAGUUUAUCACUUUUGCUAAACUGUCUGACUUUGCUGAUACAUUAGAGCACCCACUCCGUGUGCCAAAACCAAACACUAUCGAACUAAUUGCCAUGGACUUGCCAAUGGUCAGUGGCGACCGCAUUCACUGCCUGGAUAUCCUGUUUGCUUUUACAAAGCGUGUGUUGGGUGACAGUGGUGAAUUGGACAUGCUGAGGCAGCAGAUGGAGGAGCGUUUUGUGGCAGCCAACCCCUCCAAAGUAUCGUAUGAACCAAUCACCACCACCCUGCGCCGCAAACAGGAAGAUGUCUCUGCCAGAACUAUCCAGAAUGCUUACCGAGCCCACCUCAUCAGGCGUGGAAUCAUCUUCAAGCGCAUCUUUUCGAGCAAGCUUGAAAAUGGUGGAAACCAGGAAAAGAAGGAGAGCACACCCUCUACUGCCUCUCUUCCUUCUUACGACAGUGUGACCAAACCUGACAAAGAGAAGCAGGACGACAACCGAGAGAAGGACAAAAACCAAAAAGAUGAAUGGGAAUCUAAAUGUUAGUGUUUAAUGACUAUUAAACGCAAUGAUAUGAGACACUGAGCCUAAAAAUAUUGACCCAACAAAUAUAGAAAAGUGAAUAUUUGGACGUAAUAACAACAAAAUGGACAAAAAUUGUUUACAGACUCAAAUGCAAUUGAGGCAGUGUGGUUUCAUAUGUCGUCUUAGACAGCUGAACCAAAUGCAAUCAGUUUACUGAGGAACUUUGCUGCCGAGAGACCAUGUAAUGAAAAACAGAAACAGUAACUCACAGUGUGCUGGCCAAUGACACACAUUUCUUUGGGGACCAACUGCCAAGGCACAGAAUUUUGUUUAUUGAUUGGAGAAACUGCAUAUCCCUGCCACCACCGAGCGUGGACCACAGCAUAUUGUUGCUACACGACCAGAUCAUAAAGAUCCUCAAAGAACUGUCAAAGCAGUCGUCAGGAGGGUCUAAAACAGUUUGCCAUCAUUAAAGAAAAACAAUAAUCAACCAAGUAAAAUUAGGAAAGAAAUCUAGCAAGGCAAGGGAAACCCGGAAACGUAGACAAAGAUUUUUUUGUUUAUUUGUUUGUUUAGUAUACUUGCAUUUUUUCAUUCUUUGAGCAGCAAAAAAGAAGAACAUUUAGCCCAUGUCACUAGUCCUUUCAUCCUCUUUGUUAUACUGACAUUGAAGAAGGUAUUUCCUACAUGGGCUUUCACACUGACCAGUUAGGGGUCAUUAGUCAUUGUGUGGACUUGGGCUGAAGGAGACUUGCUCAGAUUGAGUUUCAAAUAAAUAAUUAUUGUGCUCGUUCAAUGCAUAGAAAUGACUUGCAUGAAGGCAUGUUUUGAUCAGGAGUCAUGCAUGAGUAAUCAUAGUUCACAAGACACUAAUUUUGUGACCACAGCAGUGGCUUGACGUUAGGUUUGAGGCUGUCCACUGGGAUAAUUAUGGUAGGAUAAAGAUUCUGAUUAUUGAUAUAGAGAUUUUGGGGGAAAUGGAGUCAAUGUUUUUGCCUGUGUAUUUUGCUCUGAAAGGAAUAGAUCUUUGAACACAGAAUUGUUUUUACAGACGAAGGAUGUAAGCACUCAUAGACAGUAAGUCCCAGUCUGCAGUGAGCAUCACAAACAGCAGUGUUUUUGCUCUGAAUGUUCUGUAGAAAAAUGUGGCAUGUAUGCGUGUUAGAUAGAUGUCUAUCCUCAUGUUGAGGACGCACAGAUUUGGAGGCCAUGUAUGUCUGGGACUUGAUCCUUCUUUGUUUACUUACAUUCCUGUGGUCAUGUUCCAGCAUUGGGAGAUAAUUCUUUUGCCAAGGAAUGAUGUCAGGCGCCAGUCAUGGUCUGUCAGUAGGUAUCCCUCUUUCAGUGCUUUUUGGACAAAGUGGCACAUGUGGGAUGUAAGUUUUUGUUUCAGCUUUAGUGCAAGUGAACAACACUGUACUUUUUAAUAAUUCAUUUUAUAUGCUUUUUUAUUUUAUUUUUGUCAUUCAAACUUCCAAGUGAGUGGUGUGGUAGGUCGUGCUUUUGGACAAUUUGAGUUGCCAGCUUUAGACAAAAAAAACCCCUCAGAGUUCUUCUCUGAUUUCCUUGUGAUGCAAUCAUUCUCAGAAAAGGUGUUUUGAUAAGUGAGAGAGACAGUGGUUAUACCAAACAGCAAGUGAGUGGAAAAUUAUCACAAGGACAAACCUUGUCGUGCCUCGUGUGUACGUACAGUGGAUAGUUACGAAGGGCUAGUGGUCUUGACUGCCGGAUAAAUGGACUUAACAUACAUGGUCAGGUCAUUCAGGGAGGUGGAUGGGUAAUAAUAAAUAUUGUGGACCAAUAAACAUGUGAGGCCCCUCCCUUCAGGGUUUCAGACUGACUGCCAUUAGAACAUCAGUGACGGGUCUGUGUCAGGAUGUGGAAAGUCCCAUGUCUGUCAGUGUAUCAUUGUGCUUCUGUGGGACCUCUAAAACACUGUGUGGUGUUUGACCCAGGCUUGCACCAUAUCUCACAAACUGUAGGCUUUCAAAUGCUAUACCCACGUCAAAACAGUUAGCCAGAAAUGCAGGUUGAAAAGCUGAAACCUGCCGAGAUUAAACCAUCAGCAGGCCUCAUGUAGAUGCAGCUAUGUGUAAAUAAACUGUGGGUGUUUUCAUUCAAACCUAAGGCUUGCCAGUGGGAGAAAGAUACUGCAUUCUUAGAUGUUCCUGCCAUUUCUUUUCUACACAGGAGUGAUGGUCCUAUUUCUAAUGGACUACUGGGGCUCUAGCCCUGUGUCCAUCAUCGCACCACUGCCAUUUGGUGUGUUUAACACUGCCUGUACCUGAAGCCCCUGUCUGUAAAGAUAUUUGAAGUCUGUUUACAAAAUGAGGUCUCGGAAUCAGUUUGGCUGCUGCACACUGAAACCAAAUACAUUCCCAAUAAAACCACAGGAGUGAGUAACUUCACCCAUGUUCAUCUUGGAUGUAACGUUUUAGAAUGAUACAUUCACACUUGAAAACAUAAAAAUGAAAAAGACAAAAAAGAAACACAAAACAUAUAGUAUAUGUACAGUGCAGGCUAUGAUGUAAAUGGCACAAUCGCUAAAAAAGAACGAACUUUUUGAGAGAAACUAUAAAUACUGUAUCAUAUUUUAUUUUACAGGCAUGCUUUGUUGUGUUUUUUGUAAAUAUGAAAUUUGAAAAAUGUUACUACUAAUAAUCAAAAAACAACAAUAAUAUAGAAUGGCUUCCAGCUAUGCCCUUUGUCACAUUUGUUACCUUUGGAUUUUUUGAGACACUUUACACUUUGUUGACGGAAAAUGAAUGAAUAUAGAUAUUAUAUAAUACAAAAGAUAUAUACAUGUAUACAUAUAUGUCUAUAUGUAUAUACAUAAAACAGGAGAACACUAUUUGUCACAUUUGAUUUAUAUGUGCAACACAUUGAGUGGAUGUCUAAAACUGGUUGUUUCCAGGAAUAACUCAUAUGUGAUGUUUCUGGAGCUGCUUGCCAUGGAUUGUAGCCUGUUCAAAAAGAAAGGAUGUUACCAGCACAUUUGUACUGUCCAAUCUCUCACUCACUGAGUUCACAGUGCAGAGACUGACCACUGCCCUGGACACACUCAGCUACAUUGCCACAUGUAAACAGAUACAGUCCUGCUUCUCAUCCUCACACCUCUUCUGUUGAAUGAUUUGUUUCCAAUGUAACACUCAGUGGCAUGUGCCUUUUUCUGCUUUUUCUGCAAAAUUGGAUGUCAAUUCCACACCGAAAAUUCUAUCACAACAAAAGAAUAGAAAACAAAAUAGAAAAUACAAACAAGUUCCAAUGUUUCCAAACUGUGGAGGGUGGGGUAUGGGGUGAGCACAACAAAAUUCAGGGAGUCAGAAAAACUGCCGGAGAUCAUCCCCCCCACCUCAUAUAAAUAUUCAACAGUGUGUCAUGUUAUCAGAAAACAGCUAACUCAAAAUAUCCAGUUUUAGUGAUAUGUGUGUCACCCACUUGGCUUGUGAAAAAGCAGCUUGCCUUUCUAUAGUCUGUUUCCUCUGUAUUUAUGUUUCCAUCUGAGGUUUAUUUUUGUAUCAAUAUUUGAUUAUAGGACGCUUUCUUUUUAGCAUGGUUUAUUAUAAGCAUUUUUGUUUUUCUUUUUGCUGAAAAAUUAAAAGUGCUUUUCAAACUGUUGAUAUCAUUUGACACCGUGAUAAAAAGAGGAUAUACAAUUUGAGGUGUGUUGCACAACCACUUGGUAAGAAUAUGAAAGAUUGUCUUCAUUUGAGCACGAAUCUUUUUAUUACCAAUA